AUGCCACCCAAGAAGAAGGCCCCCGUUUAUGUCCUUGGCGUUGGCAUGACUAAGUUCAUCAAGCCCCGAGGAAAGGUGGACUACACUGAGCUGGGUUUCGAGGCGGGUAUCAAGGCUAUGCUGGAUGCACAAAUCACCUAUGACGAUGUGGAACAGGGCUUUGCAUGCUACUGUUAUGGCGAUUCUACAUGUGGGCAAAGAGUGUUCUAUCAAUUUGGCAUGACACAAAUCCCCAUUGUGAACGUGAACAACAACUGCUCGACCGGCUCGACCGGCUUGGCUCUCGGGAGAAACGCUGUAGCUCAUGGUGGCGCCGACUGUGUCCUGGUUGUGGGCUUCGAGAAGAUGAUGCGCGGAAGUCUGCAGAGCUUCUUCAACGACAGAGAAAACCCAACUGGCACAUCUGUUCAAAUGAUGGCAGAAACUAGAGGCAUCACCAAUUCUCCCGGAGCCGCUCAAAUGUUUGGCAACGCGGGACGGGAAUAUAUGGAGAAAUACGGCGCAAAGGCAGAGGAUUUCGCAGAGAUCGCUAGAAUCAAUCAUGAACACUCCGGCCGCAAUCCGUACUCACAAUUUCAGGACGUCUACACAUUGGACCAGGUACUAAAAGCGCCAAUGAUCCAUGAACCUCUUACCAAGCUUCAGUGUUGCCCAACUUCGGACGGCGGUGCAGCUGCUGUCCUUGUUUCUCAGGACUUUUUGGAUGCGCGACCGCACCUCAAAGACCAGGCGAUACUGAUCGCUGGCCAAACCCUGGCCACUGAUGCUCCUAGUUUGUUCUCGAAGAGCUCGAUUGACUUGAUGGGUUAUGAGAUGUCCCAAUAUGCCGCAAAGACUGCUAUGGCAGAAGCUGGAGUCCAACCCAGUGACUUUCAGAUCUGCGAGCUACAUGAUUGCUUCUCGGCCAACGAGAUGAUAACGAUAGACGCCCUUGGCCUUUGUGAGAAAGGCAAGGCGCACGAGAUGGUACGAAACGGUGACAUAACCUAUGGUGGUAGGAUGGUUAUUAACCCAUCUGGUGGUCUCAUCUCUAAAGGUCACCCGCUCGGCGCGACCGGUAUCGCGCAAUGUGCUGAACUUGUCUGGCAUUUGAGAGGAUGGGCCAACAACAGAGGGGUCCCGCACACCAAGUAUGCGCUGCAGCACAACCUCGGACUUGGCGGAGCUGCUGUCGUGACUGUCUACUGCCGACCUGAUAGGAGUGAGGCGCCCAAGGUUGACUCCGCCACCGUGGGAAAGAUCAAUAAGCUCGGAUACAAUCCAGCCGUGCAAGCCAAGGGCUUCACUGCUGCACAGGCAAUAGCUGUACGGAGCAAGGAUAGGUCGAGCGCUUGGGCUUUGCAAGAUACCGAAAAGAAGGUGGAAGCUAGAUUCUAG